UGCAAGUGGUAAGUUGAAAUAUAACCAAUGUUUUCCAGAAACUGUAUAUUUACUAUAUUAAAAAUACUUUAUUUUGAUUAGAUAAUGGGCCUGUCACCUUGUUUGUAUGGACCUUCUCUAGCUCUCAGCGCAGUAACAGACUUGUCUCUAAAUAUGUGCAUUCUUGUUAUUGGCGGAGUCUGUACAUUUUAUUGUGCAAUGGGAGGUCUUAAAGCUGUUUUAUGGACAGACGUCUUACAAGCUGUUCUCAUGUUUAUUUUUGUAAUAGCCUUUUAUUCUGCUGGCGUAAGCGAUGCCGGAGGAAUAUCUAAUAUUUAUGAUCGAGCGAUGAGUGGAGGUAGACUACAAAUUUUCAAUUUCAGCCUUGAUUUUACGGUGAGAUACACAUUUUGGAAUUGCCUUUGUCGAGGUUUCCUUUAUGGGUUUGGAGGCUACGGUGCAUCCCAAUUGGAAGUACAAAGACUAUUAAGCACAAACGAUGUUAAAAAAGCACAAAGGUGUCUUUUAUUCAGUAUUAUUCCAGUAUUUGUUUUCCAUUCUCUCAGCAACUUAGCGGGAUUAGUAUUAUAUUCGUUAUACUAUUUAUGCGAUCCUGUGCUAGACAAAGCCCAAACAGGUUUGACUAAAUAUGAUCAAAUGAUGCCUUAUUACAUUAUCAGAAAAUUUAUUGCCUAUCCUGGCUUGACUGGACUUUGCAUAGCGGGGAUAUUUAGUGGCUCUCUCAGUACUAUUUCCUCUAUUCUGAAUUGCUUAUCUACUGUCACGAUGGUGGAUUAUGUACAACCAUGUUUUGCAACUAUUUCCGAGAAAAAAAAUGUACUACUCGCGAAAACUUUUAGUGUACUGUAUGGAUUAAUUGGUAUUGGAUUGGCAUUUGCUUUCUCAUAUGUUCAAAGCCUCAAGCAGUUUGGUAUAACCCUUUUUGCUUUAGAAGGAUCUGCUAUUGUUAUAUUCUUAAUUGGUAUUUUGACGCGAAAAGCAGACGAUAAGUACCACACCGUUCAUCUUCAGUGGAUACCAUCUCACGUUGACAUCUUUGGCAAUGAGCAAGCGGAUCGCGGUAGAAAGACUUAUGCAGUCUGCUCCAAGUGUGAAACACAGCAGGCCUCUGCCGAACAUAUCCUUGACUGCUUGGGCCUUUCCAAGGAGGACUUAACGCCACUCCACUUCUUGUCAUCGACUUUUUGA